AUGAUGAUAUUUGUACGUAUUUGUUUUGUGUUGAUAUUCAUUACUUUAUUUGCGGCGGUUCUUGUGCUUGACAGCUAUCUGACCGGCAAAUCGCCAUGGCACCAUUUUGAAUCGAGUACAAAGCAGCGAAUAGAUGGAAUACCGUUCUGUGAAUAUGAUCGAUCGACUAGUCUUCUCCGAGAACGAAGCAAUUCAUUAUCUGACUUUGCUUUUCUCGCAGUGGGUUUUUACAUGCUAGUACAAGCCAUCGAAGGUCAGCAAAAAGCUCGUGCAAAGAAUACAAUCUUAUCAUUGAUUAAUGGAUUAGCAAAUUGUGCACAUGCCAUCGGUUCAUGGCUCAAUCAUGCAUGUCGUUGUCAACUUGGACAUCGACUUGAUCUAACUGGUAUGUGGCUCAUUAUUGUUUUCAUUAGUUUUUACAGUUUAAUUCGUCAUGCGAACAUCAAAACAUUUCUAUUCACGUUGAUUUUCUUGGCAAAUGGCUUCAUCUUGUGGAUUAUUAGCGAUAUCUACUAUCCACAAUCAUACGAUAACGAAGAAAAACUAUUGACCACAAUACUAAUUGUUAUAUUUGUCUUAUCGGAAGGCUUUCAUUUGCGAUCAAAAUCGAUAACAGCAAAGCAACUGAAAUGGUUUGGCUUGGGUGCGCUAUCACUCAUCAUCGGAGUCGUCUCAGGUCAAUUGGAUGCAUCGAAGAUUGUCUGCUGGCCGCAUUCAUGGUUUCAAUUACAUGCCGUUUGGCAUAUAUGUGCAGCUUGUUCAGUUCUUGCCAUUUACGAAUAUUUUCGUGCUGACACGUCUUUCAUUAACAAGAAGAUCGAACAUUUGACAUAA